UUUGUUAAACUGCCUCAGUUAGUAUCACAGGUUUGCUCUGAACUGCCGGUCAGAGAGACUGUGUGGCGAGAAGGGCGCCGUUUUGUGACACCUGUCAGAGCGAUUCAGCACUCGAACGACAGAAGAUUCAAGUUUGAACAUGAGAAGCCUGCAGUCCCAAGAGAAAAGAAUAAAACCAAGAAAAAUAGGAAACCUAAAUACAAACCACUCACCGGAGCUGAGGUAGUUGAGAUGCUAGCCAAGGAAAAACAUCUAGGGGAACAUGAAUUUUACUAUUUGAAGGCUUCUGAAGAUGGACCUUACAGACCAUAUGACUUGCGAGUGGUCUCACGCAGUGAAGUGGGCACAGAUUACUACACCAACACUUUCACAACCAUAAUACAUGUGCAGAACGACUGCUGCAUUGAGCUCUGGAGCCUGGGAGAGUGGACACGAGAGUCUGCGCUUUGGGGUGCUGUAAGAAACAUCCCAUUUUUCAGAGACUUUGUACUGCGCAAGACCUUCGAAAGGUGGCACAGGAAUGCACACAAGGCUACUGUCAAACGCAGGAUUGACUUCCUUCCUUCUCAGCUGCUGAUAGCAGUGCCCCAAUUCAGGGUUGCCUUAUUACAUCUAGCCAGAUUAACUGAGGAGCUAAAGCAAGUCAGUUGGCUGCCACAUGAUGAUAUAAGGACUUAUACAUUAUUAGAUUUCCAAACUGCACUCCUGGAAAAGAUUCAGGCAGCUCAAGCAUCUUUAGAUAGUUUCCUACAUUGUUAUGCUGCGACACUUAGUAAGGUAAGGGAUGAGACUUACCAAGCACAUCAGGAGCUCCAAAUGAAAGUGGAAAACUCAAAACUCUACCAGAGCACUCAAUCCCUACACGUUCAGCUCACCUACCAUAGAAACCUCCAGAAAGAGCUCAGUCAGGCAGAACAAGCCCUACAGUGGCUGGGAAACCUGGCUGCUCUAGCUGACCGCAUGACUGUUCAAAACCUUGUCACCAUCUCAAAGCGGGAGAUCACUGCAUUCCUAAACAAUGUUUUAAAAAGAGAAAAGGAACAACAGGGUGGUCUCUUCAAGACAGAUAUUAUCUUUGGAGCAGACGGUCAGCUCACUGUUUUUCCUCCAUUGCAAUUGUUUCAAAAGGUUUUGCUUGGAGCAUUGCUAUUAGUAGCAGAUUCUGUCCUGCAGGUGUUUGACUCCUGCAGUUUGUCAUGUGACUCAAAAGGCUGUUUGUCCAACAGCUGUGUUGAAGACCACAUUGCAGCCAAAUGUUGUGAAGUAACAGGUCCAGGCAGUGUUCCCUCACAAACGGAGCAUGAUAUGUCACCCCAAACCCAAAUGCCAGUCACUAUGAACUCCCUCAGAGUUCAGGGACAGAGAGUGCGAGGCCAUUAUCAGCCUCUGCCCCGAAGACUGCUGGAGUGGAACUUGAAGGUUCACAUUGAAACACAAGAGUUUCAGAAUGAGCAGAACAAGAUUACACAGGAUGCCAUUACAGAGGUGCACCAGCUGUGUGAGAGCCACUCUUGGUUGGCAGAUGUUCAUUUGUUCACUGGUCAGUGGAGUUCAGCCUCUCUAGAGACCCUGAGUGGAUGUUCCCCCCUGAAAUAUGAGGAGCUGAUCAAGAAACUUCAUAUUUGGAUGGACAGAGUUCACAGCUUGCCUCCAUCUUUUACUACAUCAAAUAAGUUGUUCACUGUCGAAAUCUCCAACUUCCAAAAGGAUAUCGGUUCCAUUUUAGGCAUCAUUGACAAGGAUGUACUAAAGCUACUGUGUGACGAUUUGCAGACACGUUCUGAGAACCUCAUUUCUGAGCUGAAAACAGCUGUGGAAGUCAUGAAGUCUGAGCCUAGUACCUUUGACCAGUUUACAGUUUUUUCAAACACGGUCCAGCACAGUGAGAGGAUAUUAGGUGAUAUACAGCAGAGGCUGGAAGACCUCCACUCUCUACAGCAGACUGUGAGAAGGAAUUAUACACACAUGGAUCCAAGUAAUGUUCUCUCAUUGAAGCAGGUAGUUGACUUGUGGGAUCAGUUUGUUCAGCUCCUAAGACCAGCUGCAGACAUAGUUACCCAGCGGCUUCCUUCUAUGCUUGAUACACUGGACAAGAACGUUUCUUUAUUAGUGAACAAAUUAGACAACCUGGUUUCAAGAGCCACCUCUAGACUCUAUCUCGACCCUGACCAGAAUCCCAAGGAAAUGUUUGUCCAGCUGAAAUCAUUGUACAGUCAGUUGUACGUGAUUGCUGAGCAGCUGAAUGAACAGAGCAGAGCCAGUGAAAUUCUGAGAGGUCACCUACUGGAUCUCACUUUUCUGACAGUAGCACGGCAGAAUAUGGAAGCAAGGAAAGGACUCUGGGAAUUGAUGAGCGUGUUGUCCACACAAAUCCAUGAGUGGAAGCUGCUAAAGUUCAAGAAGUUUGUGGUGGCUAAAGCACAAGACAAGGUUAGUGAAUGGCUACGACAGGCAGAGGCAUUUGCAAAAGUUUUACCCUCCCAUGAUGCUUUGCUGCAGAAAACCCUACAGAUUUUGCAGGGGUUCAACCAGCUACUCCCUGUUCUAAGUAAGCUGAGCAACCCAAAACUGAAGCCCAAGCACUGGAGAAACAUCUCAAAGGGAAUUGGCCUGCUGUAUGACCCAGGAUGGAAAUUAACGCUGGCUGAUCUCAUGUCCAAAGAGCUAGAGAAGCAUCAAAAUAAAAUCGACAAGAUCUAUCUAGAUGCCAAAACUGAGGCAGACAUGGAACAGAAUUUCAGAGCACUUCAGAGGCACUGGGAACAGGCAGAAUUUCUUCAUACCAGGUUUAUUAUUGCUGUCCAGCAACAGCAGGGUCCACAACUAGGUGAUGGAAAGGAGAAAAAUGUCUCACCUCAAAAUACACCAAAGCAUCACAUUAUUGAUGGUGGAACCUUCACCAUUAUUGGUUUAGAGGCACUUUUGGCUCAGACUAAGGAAAGUGUUCUGAUGCUUUCUGAUUUGCUGCGUUCUCCACAUGUUGCUGAGUUUGAGCAAGAGGUUGAACACUGGCUGCUGCUUUUACAAGAGCUGGAUAAAUUGCUUGAUAUAUUUGGGCGAUAUCAGCAAAAAUGGAUCUUUUUAAGCAGAACGUUCAAUGAAACAGUGCACACUCAAAAGUCUGAGUUGCAAGAGAAGUUUCACCCGGUGGAUAAGAUAUUUCGCAAAAUCAUUCAAAUCACUGUUAAUGACCCACAUGUAUCCAGUUUUGUUCGACUGUGUACAACAACAGAGGCCAGUGACAGUUUACAAGGACAGAGUCUAUGUGUUGUCUUUAUGAAUGGACUCACAAUAAUGGAGGAGAUUUCCAGUCACUUACUCUACGUCAUGGAGUCACCACGAAUCCAGUUCCCUAGACUCUACUUUCUCAGUGAUGGAGAGGUGAUGAAACUUCUCUCUUUACAGCUCCCAGGACCUUCAUCCCUUUUACCACUGGUGCAGAAAUGUUUCAAGGGCGUUAAACAGCUUGAUGUUCAAGUUGAAGGUGGUGUUUGCUGUGACAAUGACUUGACAGCUCUAAGUAAUGAGCGAAUGUGCAUACACAGUGUAUAUGGAGAAUUUGGAGAACAUGUUCCCUUCAUUGGUCCUCUUGAGCCAAACCUCAGUCCUGUGGCUUGGCUUAGUCUUUUUGAGCAAAAGUUAUAUCAAGCAGUGAAACAGGCAAUUCUAAAAUGCUUAGAUGUCCAGCAACAUUCAAACAUUGAAAAGCAACGUAGGACCCCAGACCUGAUUGGGAAUAGCAAAGAGAACAAUUCAGAAGUAGCUCAUGAACCUUCCUCACUUCUGCAUCUAAUAUGUCAAUAUCCUUUGCAAUGCCUUUUGGUGGCAGAGGAGGUUUUGUGGUGUAGCACGAUCCGGAAGUCAUCACAUACUGGCAUGUGGACAAGAAUCAAGUCCCAAAAUGCAGCAAAAGUGCACUAUUUGUGCCAGCUUUUAAAAGAACACUCAAAUGAAAAAACAUCUCAAAUCCUGACAGCUCUGCGUGCUUUGGUUAUGCUUACCAUGAAGCACUCUGGCCAAACAGAUGGGCUUGCUGAAGUAAAAGGAGACUUGGAGUCCUCUUUUGAAUGGCAUAAACUUAUGAAAUAUUACCUCAUCCCAAAUGAUAAUGCACCUUCUACUGAUUUGCUUCCACCUCAAGAGGAUCAGUCUGUGUGUGUUGAUAUUCUGUGCACACAGUUGCCAUAUGGCUAUGAAUACAUCGGACCUGAUAACUGGAAGAUGGUGACUACUCCUUCAACUGAACAAGCUUACAUGGGAAUUAUUCUUGCCUUAUCAAGCUUCAAGUGUGCUUUCAUCAGUGGACCCCACAUGUCAGGCAAGCAGCAUACUGCAGUGCAGUUGGGUUAUGCAUUGGGACGACAAGUGGUUAUCUUGAAGUGUUGUUCAAGCACUGCUACUUCAGUUGUUUCGCAAAUGCUUCUAGGUGCUCUUCAAUCUGGGGCUUGGCUUGUGCUUGAUUCAGUGGAUUUGUUGAAACAAGGAACGUUGUCCGAGUUGGGACAACGCCUGACUGAAAUUCAUCAAAAUUUAUCAGCAGUUCAAAGACAAGCGCAAGAGGAAGCACAUGAGCUGACAAGCUCAUUUAGGAAGUGUAGCAGUAGAGAAUUCAUAAAAAAAUAUAACAGUACAGUGAAUGAAGUGGAAUGUCACAUUGCUGGAAAAAAUAUUCAGGCCAUGCUAAGCUAUGGAUGUGUCACCAUCUCAGCUAAUGGCUACUCAACUGAGAUACCAGAAAAUCUUAGAAUUGCAAUGAGGCCUGUUGCAUUUAUGCAGCCACACUACAGAACCAUUGCAGAAGUGAUGCUGAUGUCAUUUGGAUUCUCUGAAGCAGCUACCAUAAGUCGUCGCCUGGUCUCUCUCUUUAGCCUUGCUAAGGAUUCACAUUGCCUCCCUGAUUUUGUCAGUGGUCACCAGACCUCAUGGCUUGUCCUUCUCAGAAAUGUGAUUGCUGUCUCUGGAACAUAUUUACAUCUCUCUCGUAAUUUGGUAGAAAUUGAUAAGGGUACAUUUUGUAGUCAAUAUGAGACAGGAUCUGCUUAUACAAGACUUGAAACAAUAUCCGCAAAGGUCGAAGAACAUUAUUCAUCACACUUCAAGUUUGUCAGUCAGUCUAAUGUGAUCAUAAAUGAGUUAGAAGAGCAAGCAGCAAUUAAAGGAGUUCUGUCAGUCAUGCAGUAUACUGUCUCAGAUCCAAAGAUAGCAUCACAGUUUUGUAAAAUAUCUGAGCAAAUCUUUCCGGAAGUAAGGUACUUUUCCAGUCCACAACUGUUCACUGAUGAGGGGGAACAAAAUAUCCUUAGAUAUCUUGUCAUCGAUGAGUUGCAGCAACAAGGAAUUUAUACAGACACACAAACACUUCACAAUGUCUUGAUCCUGCAUGAAUUUUUGAAGCGCUCUAAUGUUGUAGUGCUUGUUGGACCAGCAGGUAGUGGAAAAACAACUUUGUAUAAAGCCCUUUCUAGUGCACUUCAAAAACUGUCCAGGGCUUGGGACAUUGAAUCUACUGGUGAUCCUACAGGAGAUUUAAAUGACAUUUAUCAUUAUUUGUCUAAGCCAUGUUGGACCUCUGUGAGCACAGAAGUUAUAUUUCCUAAUACCUUGUCCCUCAAACAGUUUUUUGGUGGAUAUUGUGGUCAGGACAACUCCUGGUUUGAUGGAGUUUUCACCAAAGCAUUAAGACAUUCAGAACAGCCACUGCAGAUUACUCCUUGCAAGAGGAAAAUAACUGUGCAAAAACUAGAAAAAUGGAUUGUGCUGGAUGGAGAUCCACUCGGCAGACCUGCUUGGAUGGACUCUUUGACUACUCUUUGUGAUCUUGAAAAUCCCUAUCUCUGCCUUUCAUCAGGAGAGAAAAUUAAGCCAUCAAAACUGAAAAUACUAGCUGAGAUCACAGACCUUGGUGAUUCAAGCCCCUCUGUAGUGACACACUGCAGUCUGGUAUAUGUUUCUGGAGAAAACCUGUGGAGAUCUGUGUGGAAGAGUGAGAUGAAUGUACUUUCUACUGAACAAAAUGUCGACCAGAUUACUCUGGAAAUGUGGAGUCACCUUUCUGAAGACCUUUUUCCUGACACGCUAGCAUUUCUUAAGAACAAAGCACUUUCUUCUGUGAUGGCCAGUGAUCGAUGUGAAGGCAGACAAUCAUCUAGGAUUACAGACGGUUUGCAGGAAAUAAUGUCCUUCAUUAAGAUUCUUCACACCCUUUUGGAGCAUUCAGGAAAGGGAGGAGGCUUGAAAUACACAUCAAGGAAAACUGUAACCACAGAUAGUACACAAGCUCUCCAAUCACCCGGCAAUGAUGCCAUGGCUUCCUCUUCUCAUUGGUGGUUACAAGCAAGAAACCUCUUUAUUGUAGCUUUCAUUUGGGGAUUUGGAGGACAUUUGCACCCUAGACACUGGCCACAUUUUGAUCUUUUUGUACGAGAGGCUCUGUAUAAGAGCCGUUGUACUAUUGAGACACCACCAGAAGGCACAGUAUUUGAGCAUUUCUUUGAAUUCAGUGAGGAAAUGAGAGAUACGACUAAUUUCAUCAACUGCUUCAUGCGUAAGAGUCCACAGCUCUUCUUCACAUCUGUGCCUCAGUACGAAAAACAUGCAUAUCUCCUGGACAUGCUCCUGGAUGUUCAUCAGCCAGUCCUUACUGUGGGAGAGUCUGGCUCUGGCAAAACAAUGCUGUGCAAGUCUUUAAUAUCAAAAACAAGACCACACAUGCAUUUACCAGCCUGUCUAGGCCUUCACUCUUCAGAAUUGCGCAAGGUACUGGAGAGAGUUAGAUACCAGAAGACUCAAGUGAGGAACAUGGAGGCCUUAAAGCAGCCAAACUUUCUUUUGUUCAUUGAUGACCUUCAUGAAGCACCAUUUGAUGUUUAUGAAAAAACAUCAAUGACUCUAGAGACAUUGCGUCAGUGUAUUUCUACAGGUGAAGUGUUGAUAUCAGACAGCUCUCAUUUCAAGCUGUUUCAAUCAAGAGCCGUUAAUUAUCUAGGCACUUGUAGUGCUCCUAAUGCAGUCAACAGCAAUCGGAUAUCUCCACGUCUCUCUCGACUCUUCACAAUCUUGACUUUCCCAAGCAUGACUUCUGAAAUCUUGUUUUCUAUCCAUUCCUCGAAAAUGCAACCAUGGCUGAAAGAGAUACAACCCAUGCAGAGGAUUGCAGAUAUAACAAACUGCAUCCUAACCUCAACUCUUGAUGUGUAUUUUGCAAUGCAUGAAUGUUUUACUCCUGCCUUACAUAGUCCAAUCUUCAUCUUUUCAUUGCAUGAUGUUCACAAAGUGUUUCAAGGGAUGUACCUUUGGAAGCCAAGGCUUAAUGUCCAGGAGGCUCUUCAUAGUAAUCUGGGUUAUAGGAGUGUAACUUCAUCCGCUCUUAGACAUGCAGCUCAUGACCUUAACAUGGCGCGCCUCUGGAUGCAUGAGUGUUUGCGCACUUUUGGUGAUCGGCUAGCUUCAGAGGAGGCAUGCCAAAAACUUCUCUCAAUUAUAGCUGAAGUUUCUAAGAAGAAUUUUGGCACUAGGUUGUCAAGUGAAUCUACAGAAGGUAUAUCAAGCCCUACAGAUCAAUCAUCUGUAUCAAGGAAACAUAAUGUAAACCAGCAACUAGAUUCAACCCCUUCCCAGUUGGAAGAGAAUGUGAUUCCCUUGCUUGGAAUGGCAGAAGUUCAGACAGAGAAGAAAGAGCGCUAUGCAGUAGAGAACAACUCCAGCUUGUAUAACCAAGGAAGAGAUGAGGAUGGAUCCUCAUAUGGUAAAGAUGAAUUAAAAGAUGAUGGAAAUGGCGAAAGUGAACCAGGAACAUCAGCGUGUAUAUCUGAAUCUGCAAGUGAAUUCUCAAGUAGUUCAUCUCUAAUGCAUCUAAAAUGUUCUCAUUCUGGUGAAAACAAAUAUUACUACAUUAAUAAAAAGCCAGAAUCACAUGAAGAGUUAACCACACAACAUAUGCCUUUAACAACAACCACAGCAAAAACAUUCAUUCAGCUUCUACAGGAAGCAGCUUCUUCCAUCCAGAAUGUGGUCUUCAGCCCAGAAUUUUGUAAACCACUGAACAACAUAAUUCAGCACCAUAAUUUUAAACUCAACUGUGUGUAUCGAGAAAGAGACAUAGAUAUGUUGGUAGACCAAAUAUUUCAUACUCUUAAAAGCAGAGAAAAAAAUAAAGAGGAAUCUGACAACACUUACUAUAGUCCUACCUGGGCAGUGCAUCACCAAAAUGUACAUCAACUUGUGCAUAUCAUCCGCACAUUUCUCAUUCCUGGUGGACACGGGGCUCUGUUUGGAGCGGCAAAGAAAACAGGCAGAAAGACCAUUGUACGCCUAGCAGCCACUUUGUUGGGAUAUAAAAUAGUUGAGGUUUAUCCUGAAAAUGAGGCCAAGUUGUGGGAAAUUAUGAAAGGGGUUCGUAGCCAAAUUGGGGUGGGUGGACAUUUGGUUCUUCUGGUUCACGAAGACACUAGCCAGGCUCUUAAGGAUGAGCUGCUCAUAAUAAUGGCCAAUGGACGCUUCCCUGGACUGUAUUCAGAUAAGGAACUGAGCAAUUUGACAAAGGAUGCCAGAGCUCUUGAAAUGUAUUUCAAAAACAUCAGAAGAAAUACUCAUGUAUUCCUUCUUUAUCCUCUUCUCUGGCACAACUGUGAAAGUCAAACCGUAAAAUCUUCAGUUUCGGAGAUGCAUGUCACCAAGGCUUUGAGUCUCUGCUGUUGUGUAGAAGUGUACCAACCUUGGACCUGUGAGGCUUUAGCUGAAAGUGCUUUGUAUCAUUUAAAAGCCAGCCAUCAGAUUCCCAAGACAGAUAGAACAGUUGCCAGGAAUAGCUUAGUGGCUAGCAUUUCUGAGGCGAUGGCAAGAAUACAUUUAUCGGCUACAAAAUAUGCUGUCACACUGUUUCGUUUCCAACCGUUUGGCCCUCGGUCCUACGUAGAGUUGAUGGUCCAGUUCUCCUUCCUCUGCCACCACCUCUUUGAACAAAGCAGAGUUCAGGAUAACCGUUUGGCAAAGGUUUUAGAGCAUGUGAAGGACAUGACUGACACAGCUGCAAGGCACACCCAGGAUGUUCUGAGCUUUAAGGCCAAAUGUGAGGAAAAACAGAAGUGUCUGGACCAGCAGCAGGAAUCAGUGGAUGUGGCAUACAAAAUCUGGGAACAAACCCACCACCAAAGUUCAAAGGAACAAGAAUGGCUUUUCAAUCUAGAGGAUCAGUCAUACCGAGUUCAGCAACAAGUUCAAGGUGCCUUCGAACAGGUAAGUCCGCUGUACCAAGCAGCUGUGGAGGCACUGCAGGCUUUGAGCCAGUCUGACUUGGAUGAGAUGCGGCACUACAGGAUGCCACCUGAUGGAUUUGUCAUGGUCAUGGAUCUUAUAUGCAUGUUAUUCAAUCGUCCAUGUGGGUGGGACAGUAGCAAACAACUUUUGAUGCAAUCCAGCUUCUUUCAGGAACUGGAAUUUUUCGACAUAUCUAAAUUAACCGAUGAGACGAUUUUUAAGUUGGCUCAGAUCACACAGGCACCAUGCUUUCAGCCAAGCUCUGUGCGAGAUGUGAGUCGGACUUGUGAGUCUUUGUGUCGCUGGGUGAGAGCAGUAUAUCAGUAUGCUUGCAUACAGCGCCAUAUGGCACCUCAAAAGGAAAAAAAGCGCUAUUUAGAUGAGCUCAUGGCUGAGAGUCGAGCGAGGUUGAGACUUGCGAGGCUGCAGGAGGAUUCAGAGCGGAAAAGACUAGAAGAAUUGGAAAGAAGGCAGGAGCUCAACAGACAAGACAUGGAGUUGCUGAAGGCCCAGCUUAGUACUUCAGAAGCUCAAGAAAGGGAGUCAUGUGCUGCUCUCAAACAGGUUGAAUGUCUCAUUAAAGAUUGGAUGUCAGCAGAAAAGGAAGCAAAGUUGGCUAAUCGCAGCAUUCCAGGUGACGCCCUGCUUUUGGCAGCUGUUGUUACAUACUUGGGUCCAUUCGGGCCUGAUGUUCGACAGGAGCUGCUCCAGAAGUGGCACAAACUUUGUCUGGAUGGUGCAAUUAAUAUGAAACUGGAGGAUCCGUGUGCAACAAUUUUCAGUGAUGUCCCCCUUGCAACUUGUGACCACUAUGUGGCAAUUCCUGUCAGUAAGACAUUUCAAAUUGCCUUAAAUCGAAUACUUGGACUAGAUCUGCAUCACAUCCAUGGAGAUUCCACUGAUCUGUUCCGGAGUGUUCUUCUCUGGGGGCACAGAUUUGCUUGGGCUCAGCGCUGCCCUCUACUGGCAGAUCACAAUAAACAUGAGGAACCCAGCUCUCAGACAUUGUUUCCUCCUGUUAUGGUGAGAUUUGUUAUAGGUCAGGUUACAAGAUGUGAAGAAAAAGCCCAUGAGGGGGAUAGAUAUGGACUUAUAGUUUCUGCUGAUGAUCCACAGUUAUUUGAUAAGCUAAAUCAUGGAGCAAAAGAAGGUCUAAGAGUAUUGGUGACGCAUACUGAACGAGCAACAUUAAACCUACAAAUCCUUCAGAUGUUUGUUACGCCAGCAAGUUCCCCUGGUCAGAGCCACUCUGUUAAACCUGCUCAUCCGGACUUUCGUCUCAUUAUGAGUACUUCCCUUCCAGUCCAAACGCUGAUACACGAAAUUCACACUUCAUUCCUGGAGGAGGUUCAAAUGAUUGAUCUUUCCCCAAGCACGUCUGAAGUUCAGGACCUUUUCUUGACAGAACUGAUGCAGACCGUGUGUUUAGAACUGUGGACUCUACAUCGUCAAAUUCUAACAAAAAAACAGACACUUCAGCAUGAACUUUUUCAAAACAAGGUUUCCUUGAUGGACUAUGUCAUGCACGCAUCCACACCACUUCUCCAGGACCCCAACUUCCUUCCACUCGUGUGUAUGUGUCAGAGUGUCUCUCUUGAACUUGAGACAGAAAUCAAGGAACUAUCCCAAGAGAUAGAUCAGCACAAAGCCCUGAUGGCUGAUUUUUAUCGCAUAGCAGAGCUUGCCACAGCCCUGUACAACGCUCUGCAGGAUGUGGCCCAACUUUCCCCAUGUUAUCUUUUCACUCUUCAUGGUUUCCUGCUCACUUUACGGUCAGCUUUACCCCUAAAGAGCCAAGACAUGAGCCUUCAUAGAAUGAUGGAGUCCACAGCAGUCAUAUCUGAGAUUACCUACAGGAUUGUGUCUCAUGUCUUUUCUCAGUAUAAACCCCGCUUGUUCAAGAGCCAUUCCACUUUAUUCAGAUUAUUGGUAUCUGUUGCUGUUAUUGUGCACAAUGAGGGAUGCCCUGAGGUAGAACGAGUCACUUUCCUCAGAGGAUUAAGCAACUGGAAGUCUUCAGAGCAUUUUUUAUCACCGUCUGCACAGUCUGUGCCCGAGCUGCCGAGCUGGAUUCAAACAUGCGCUCGAGAUGAUAUUUAUCUGUUAGAGAGGAUUGAACCCUUUUGUGGCCUUGUAUCAUCUCUGGUAAAUUCAUCCAAGCUAUGGCGAGAAUACCUGAACUUCCCUUCAUCCACAGUGAUUGGACCGGUCCCUUGUCAGUCUCACUCUCAUUUGUCCACAAUGCAGAGGGCUAUUCUCUGGAAAACGCUGUGUCCUCAUUGGCUAGCAGCAGUGGAAGAGGACCUUGAAGCCUGUGCGCAAGGAUAUUUGCUGCAUUCAUAUCCUGGAGAUCCUCCAAUGAGCUCUGCGGAAAUGAUCUCCAGCCUUUUGUCUAAAAAUCAAGGUCCUGUUGUUGUACAUUUACCAGAUAAAAAUGAAGAAAUGCCAGUAAGCAUUCACCCUCUCCACUUGAUUUAUCAAAUUGCGCAGUGCCAAGUGGACAACAAAGGGGUGAAGCUGAGUGUUAUUUCUUUCGGGUCUGGGUGCCAUCGAAAUGCUGUUCUCUCGGCACUAGACAGCGCUGUCCAGAAUGGCCACUGGUUAGUCCUGAACAACUGUCAUCUGCUGGACUGCUGGGAUGUCAGUGUUGUGAACAAGUUAACACAAGUAGUGUACAGCACUACAAAAGAUUUGGAGACAGAUGGCGGGCUUCUAAAUGCUGAAAUUACAGGAAGAUUUGUGCAUCCCCAGUUUAGACUGUGGCUAAUAACCAGAAGUGACAGGACUCGCUCAGUCCCAGUUGCAGUUAGGAUUAGAGCCCUGCACUUGGUGUGUGAUUCCUCCUGGGACCUGAAGGAUGAGUUGUGGUCUUCAGUAAAACAGACACUCCCCUUCUCCUCUCAUGAAGACACUGUGUACACUCAGUGUGCUGUCCUGCACUCUGUCCUGCGGCAGAGACAAACAUUCAAACACCUGGGCCAAGCACGGCUUUACCUUUGGUCUCAAGAAGAUCUACUUGCUCUGAUUGAUGCACGUCACCGCAUAACCAAACACUGUAGUGACCCUACUGGAGCAUUGGAGUACAUAGCAGGUCACCUGGUUUAUGGGAGCCACGUGUCAGACCAUGAAGAUCGAGCAGCUGUGCAGAGUGUGAUUAGGGCAUGUCUAAGAGAGCCGUCUACAUUAUGUGGACGUGGCAAAGACAUUCUCUCCGAUAUCAUUAACAUUACAGGAAGAUUUGCUGGUGGUCUGUUGAAAGACUUGAGGCAUUGUAUUCAAUGCAUUACUAGCAGUACAGACCCAUUCAUUCUGGGCUUUAGUCCAGGUAUGGCAAGUGAACUGGUGAAGCUAAAAAGUCAUAGACUCAGCAUUCUACUGCAUCAGUCACAGAAUAUCUAUGUUGAUGUCAGAGGAGACACCAGUCUUUUCAUGCAACCUCAAGAACUUCCAGACUAUAGGACAGCUUGGGAAAGGCUGCUAACUUUACAAGACAAGUUGAGGAAAAUGGACAUUGGCAUGGGAAUGGAAUCUGCUUCUCUUGGUCCAUUGCGUUGUUUCUUCCAGGCAGAGCGGGAUGCACUGGAUGCACUGGUGUCUUCCCUCCUUUUAAACAGUUUUCAGCCAGUUAAAUAUAACAUGACAAGCUCCACUACUGCGUAUCUAACAUCAUCAGCUCUCUCAAGGCUGGAGACUCAAGCAGAGCAGCUCAGGUCAUACCUGUGGGAGGAGUCAUCCAGUAUUAAACCUUGUGUUUAUCGACUGGCUGCCUUUCUCAGUCCCAGAGGCUUUCUGGCAGCGUUGAUCAGAGAUGCUGUCCGUAUCCAAGACGAGGAUAUCAGUCUUUAUGGCUUGAAUUUUAAGGUGCUUCAUGAUAUGGUAUCCCUAUCCUCUCCACCCUUAAGUGGUGUUUUCCUGUCUGGACUGGAGCUACAAGGGGCACUGUGGGAUCCAGGAUCAAGAGUUCUUAAAGACACGGAGUCCCCCAAUCCUUCCCCUUUCCCAACCCUCUGGGUCAGUGUUGAAGAGAACAAACGUGACCGGACCUGUUCCUCUAAAAGCUCACACUGUAAUUCCUCAUCCCAGCCUCUGUACUGCUGUCCCCUGUAUGUAGACAGACAAACUGCGGAUGGAGGUCAAGAUCUCUCCGAUGACAAUAUUAUCAUCCAUGUUCCACUUGCAACAAGGUUAGAUCCAAUCCUCUGUGCUAUGAGGCGUGUUAGGUUAACUAGUACUCUCUUACAAUAAACCCUGCGGUAAAUGGUGAAAAAAAGCAUAUGCUCAUAUUAUGUCAUCAUUACUAAAUAGUUAUCUUGCAGAUUUAUCUUUCUUUAGAGUAAACUUGGAAAUAUCAUUCAGAUUAUCAUACUUUUGUUGCAGUACAGUACUAGUAGACUUUGUAGACCACUUUCGGUCAUUUUUAGCAUUUAGUAUACAUUCACGUUUGUGAAUAAAAAUAAAUAAAUAAAGCAAUUUUCAAAUCA